GAAGAAGAAGAAGAAGUUGAUUACGACAAGGAGGUGGUCAGCCUAAUAUUGAUUCUGCUGUGCAUGACAUUCCUUUUUGCCAACUCUUCAUCUACUUUGCAUUGGAAAUUAUUUGAGCACUGCGUGAAUCUAGACACACUUUCAAGCUAUUCGUGGGCAAGAGCUGUUUCAGACUACAUGAAUGAAUCCUUGACCGCAAAAGCAAAAGCAAAAGCAAAGAAGGGAGGAGAAGCCUCUAUAGGAGCUGUUUCGGGUUGCACUAUCCUAAUAUUGUUUCUACUGUGUGAGAGGACAAACAUCAUACAACCAAUCCUUGGCAAGGAGAAAGAAACUCCUGCCAUUCUUAGAUGGAGUCUUGUGGAACUCCACACAAGAUUCAACCAAAUAAAGGACUUGAAUGACAUCGAGGGUAUUUUCAAAACUCCUAAAAAGCGAAAAACUACCAGGGAAGAGGAAGACACUGUUGAGAAGGUAAUUGAAAUCUGUAUACAGUGCAUUGCAGUUUGUGUUUUCUACAUUGCAGUUUGCAUUUUAUCCAAUGCAGUUUCUGAAUCAUUCAAUCUCAUUGUACAGGGUAUUUUGAAAACAUAUAAAAAGAGAAAAACUACCGGAGAAGAGGGAGACCCUCUUGACAAGGAAAAAGAAAAAGAAGAUGAUGAGGGAAAACCUGAUGAUGCAAUUCAAGACCUCUUGGUGAAGUCCAUGACAGACCAAAUCAACUACCGCCAACAACAAGAUCCUAGCUUCGUUUGCCCGGAAAGAUUACAACUGUGGAAGGAUGAAAAGAAUGAAGACAGUGAGAAGAAAAUGAAGGAAUUGUGGGAUAUAUUUAUCCAAGCAGAAAAGAGAUCAAAGGAGCUGGAAGUGGAGUUGGCAACAUACAUAGAGAAAUUAGAUAAUGAAGAAUGUGUGACUGCCACCAUGACAGUGGAAUCUACAGUUCAGCUUAAUGAAAUACAAAAUCUGAAAAGGAGGAUUGCAGAAUUGGAAGGCAAGGAAACUGGUAUUGACAUGGAGAAGAUUGCCAAGAAAAAGGAGAUUCAAGAAAAGUACAAGGCAGAAAUUGAAAGCUUGUUGUCAGACCCAACAAUCUUUGAAAUGGAGAUGGAUCUGCCUACAAAACAACCAACACAACCAGUUGAAGAGAAAGAAGAAGAAAAGAAAGAAGAAGAGAAGCAACAAGAAGAGAGAGAAGAAGAGAAGAAGCAAGAUGCUCCAACACCUGAUGUUCCUUCAAGAGUACAAAGGGUGAAGAACAGAGAAAGAAAGAGGCUUCAAGCAUCUUGCUAUGUGUACGAAAAAAAUAAGAAAACAAAAAAGGAGGCAAAAAAGGAUGAUGAAGAACUACCACAAUUCAAGCUUAUCUCUUCCGAGGAGUUAACACAAGAGGCAUCUCAGCCCGAUGCCACAAAUCCAAUUCCUGACCCCCCUAAAGGAACGAGCCUUCAUGAUUCAAUACCUGUGGAUCUACAACAAUCAAGUGAUGAAGAUGAAGGACAAAAAAAGCAAACAAAGAAAAAACUAGGAUGGGGACUCAAUGAUGAGAAAGUGACAAACCAUGAUCUCAAAGAUAUUGUAUGGGACCUGGAACUGUCACAAAACGUCAUUGAGGCCUAUAUCCAAAUAGAGGAGGAUAAAAUAGAGCCCAUGCAGACAGAGAGUCCACAGUACAUGUCCACAUGGACUUGGGCUUACAUGCAAAGCUUCCUAGAGCCAUCUUGGCACAGGUUCCUGUAUGAACCCUUACUUGAAAAACUCGGGAAAUGCAAUGUUCUUUUCUUCCCAAUUAUUUCACAAGAAGAGUUCCACUUCACACUUCUCACAUUUCACAAAAAUGAACGAAAGUGGAGACACUACAAUCCACUUAGAUCGUUGGGACGUAGAAAAGAAGAAAGGUUAAUAUUGUUGAAGGGUGGCUAGAAUAUAUAAGACCUCAAGCACGAGUGUUCAUAGAAAC